GCCGAUUUGCGCAGGCGCAGUGCCCUUGGCAUCCGGUAGGAAGUCAGCCCGGUGGUGCCUACCAGCCGCUGUCCUGGCUGCCCCGAGCCCAAGGCUCAUCCUAAAACUGGCACCUAGCACAUGCGACAAACCGGUGGAUCCCGGACCCCACCGCAGGGAGGUGCUGGCUUCAACACCAAGUACAGAUACCAUCAAAUGCCGCUGGAGCUCGGAGAGGAAGCUGUUGUCUCAUCCUAGAUCCUUCCGCACAAGACUUUGUACAAGCACAGCGAAGGAGCAUGCCAUCCUUGUUCUUGAGGACCACGAAGAACCUGGUGAGAGAGCUGGGCAGGAAGGGCGAGCUGGUACCCGUGGACAGCCUGAACAGCUCGCCUCGCCUGCGCCCCUUCUGCCUGUUGAGGAAGAAGCACAAGCGUUACCUCUGGCCUUGGGACACCCCGCUCAUCCCCACAGACUUCUCCCUCCUGGACGUGCUGGAGCCUGGCUGCCCUAAUCCAGAGGUGAGCCACAGCAGUCCCAUCAACGUCUGGGAGAAGGUGGCAGGAGGGCUAACAGGGGCUGUGAGCCUGAGCACUGGGCUGCAGGGCCAGGUGACCGGAAACAGCAAGACCACCUGCAUCUCUGCCUUGACUGUGCAGACACUCUGGGUUCCCCCUUGCACCUGGGAGAUGCUGCUUGAGAAGAGGAAACUGAGGUCGCCUAGACCCUCCUUCCUCCAGGAACUACAGAGCCGGAAGGAGAGGGAGAGCCUGUACGUGGUAACAGAGGCUGUGGAGACACUACAAGAAGCCGUACUUCAGAGCCAGGGCCAAAUGCUAGGAGCUGGGCAGCUGUCCCUCCUACAGCUGGGCCAUGUUCAGGUCCAGGUUCAGAGCCACAUGGACACAGAGAAAGCGGUGAGCAUCCCACGGGGCAGUAUACUGGCCUACAGGGCUCUGCAGCUGGUGGUGGAGGAAGACGGCUGGGCUGUCCUUCACUUCCCUGAGAGGAAGAUCUGCGGGGACACCGGGAGAGGCUUAGCCUUCAGCCAAGAUUCAGAGGAGGAGUCUAACUUACAGAGCUUGCAGGACCAAGUGCAUGGCCAGUUGCAGGACCUGGCCACACUGUCCUCAGAGCUACGGGACACAUUGCUGGGUGCCCUCCAGGAGCUGCUGAAAGACCGCCAGGCACUCCAAGAGCUGGAGGACACGCUGGAGCAGGCUCUGGACACUGGGUUGCUGGCGCAGCUGGGGGGCCCUGGGGGCUUUGUCUUAAGCAUCCUCCAAGACUCCACAGGCAACUUGUCAUGGUCGAGAGGCAGGGCUAUCCUCUACAUUCUGGGAGCCCUAGCAGCACUGAAUGAACCCCAGCAUUGCCUGUUGGCCCAGUCCAUAGAGAGACGAAUCCUAGCUGAGGAAUUGGAACUGGUGGCGAGCGUCUUGGAACACAACUGUAACGAGAUGGAGGAAACAACCUGUCCUCUCCCAACAGGAGUCCUCAGUGCUCUGAAGAGUGAGGAUGUGGUCCUCAUCCUAAGCCUGGUGCAGAGCUGUGGGCUGGAGCUGGAGCUGGAGCAGCCCAGCUGCCAGCUCACCUGGGACCCCACAGUGAUGCCUCAGCUCUCGGCUCUCUAUGGGUGCCUCACAGGAAUGCAGCUACUGGCUGACCUAAGCCCUGGGCUUUCUAGUGAAGAGGGAACACUGAUCUGUCCCUAGGGUCACAUCCAACCUGACUCCUGGCAGCCUAGGAUGUCACUGACCCUCUAGUGGCCACAGCUGAUGGCAGGCUUCCACCAGGACAGGCCCCACCCCACUCAGGACUGGUUUCAGGCAUUAGAAACACCCAUUCGGAACAAGGAAGGCCAGGGCCACACCCUGGACUAGGAUUCUGAGAGCAAGGCAGGCAGGCUGCAAAACUCAGUCAUCACUCCCAGCUCUGUAGCUUAGACAGUAUAGCCCCUCUGUGCUCAGGUGAAACCCGCCAUUGUACAAGGAGAUUUGUGAAUUCCUAGAGCAGAAGAUGGCAGAAAGAACUUUCAAAAUUAUGUGUGGCGUGCUUCCAAGAGUGCUGUUAUUGUAUGGUGCUGGGUAAAUGAGGCGACACAGAGAAGCAGCUCUCCAGAGUAACACAGGACUUAGACAGGCUGUCCUGCCUUACAUUUCCUGCAGCUAUGCCCCGCCCACCACCCCUGCCACCAUAACAUGACAAAUGGGUCAAGCUGCUCAGGUUCCAGCCAACUGCACCUGUUGGAGCAUGGGAGAGUCAGGAGAGGAGUCUUCAACAACAAAAACAGUAGAAACUGGACCCUUCCCUGAUAGACCAGUCUCUUCCCAGUCUUAAUUGUGCAGUGGCUGGGUCUCCCUUAGCAUCACCCUAGAUGUGGGUUUCUUCUGUGAUAGACUAUUUCUAGUAAAACCUACAUUCACCAAUGAGGGGUUCCCACCCCCCACGCAUGUG